GCUCAUCGCUGGCUCCCCGGCGCUCCUUACCAGUGGCUUCUGCGGUCACAUGGGUUAUGUGCUGGAGUUUAAAAGAGCUUAUAGCCCCCGAGCCGGUGCAGAAGCAGCCGGUGGUUGCAUGGGGUAGAGCCGGGAGCGGCGGCAAGGAAGACGCCAAAAUCCUUGAUCUGAGCUGCGAGGAUUGGUCAAGCUGCCAGAAGAAUCCCCCAGACGUUGAUGAGAAAUUGGGGACGCCCCAAGGACUCCAGACCAGUGGAGAGAUGGCUAACCCUGUCCCAUCAGCCUGCUGCGUGGUGCUCGCUGCAGUGGUCGUGGUGUACGCACAGAGACACAGCCAGCAGGACAGCCACAUCCAGUAUGAACAGGUAGGAGCAGAUGUGACCAUGAAGUGUGGCUCCAUGGACUGGGACGCAGCUGUGACCUGGACGGCCAAUGGCACCGACAUUGAUGAGUCCCACCUGAACGGGUCCUACCUGAUCCUGAAGAAUGUCAACUUGACGCAGAGCGGGCAGUACUCCUGCUACGAGGGCUCCUCCUGGCACCUCAAGUACCAGACCUACCUAAGGGUGGGAACCCCCCCCAAGGAGCCACUGCUGAUGUGCAGGUCCAACAACUACCCAAAGGGUUUCUACUGCAGCUGGCACCUGCCCACCCCCACCUACAUCCCCAACUCCUUCAACAUCUCUGUCAUACACGGCACGAGAGAGAUGGUCUGCGAGAAGGAUAUCUUUCCCAAAAACAGAUGUCACAUCAGAUACCUCCAGCUCUUCUCGACGGUGAAGUACAAGGUGACUCUGACAGUCACGAAUGCUCUGGGCAAAAACUCCACCACUCUCACCUUUGACGAGUUCGCCAUAGUAAAACCAGACCCUCCGGAGAGUGUGGUGGCCAAACCUGUGCCAAAUAACCCUCGGAGGCUGGAGGUGUCCUGGCAAAACCCCUCAUCCUGGCCGGACCCUGAGUCUUUCCCACUCAAGUUCUUCCUGCGGUAUCGGCCCCUCAUCCUGGACCAGUGGCAACACGUUGAGCUGUCAGAUGGGACAUCACACACCAUCACAGACGCCUAUGCUGGCAAGGAGUACAUCAUCCAGGUGGCAGCCAAGGACAAUGACAUUGGCACAUGGAGUGAUUGGAGCGUGGCUGUACAUGCCACCCCCUGGACAGAGGAGCCCAAACAUCUCACCACGGAGGCCCAGGUCACAGAGACAACAAGUGCUAGCACCUCCUCUUUCAUGCCACCCCCCACCACCAAGAUCUGUGACAAGGGGGCGGUGGUGCACAGUGGAGCCGUGGCAGUGUGUUGGACAGCUGGACUGGUCUUGGCUGCCUAUGGUGUCUUCUUUAUUUAAUCCCCAUCUGUCCGUCCGUCACAGCCCAGCGCAGACGCCUUCCCACCGCUGCCACCGCCCCCUCCCACCCCCCACCCCCCACCCCCGC